CGAGAUAAGACUUUUAAAUGUUCAAAGCUUUUUGAAAAAAGUACUUGUUCUUGUCUGAGCUGAAAAGAAAUUCCAGCCGAAUGAAGACCAAAAAGGAAUUAGAGGAGAUGCCAGAAGUUACAGUGAAUCGUUAUGCAGAAGAGGCCCCAUCCACUGGGAGGUCUAAGAAUGGAUAUGUUUUCCAGGAGAUGGAGCUAAAGGAUGGAGAGAAGGAGGAUUUGGAGCAGGACCUACCUACCAGUUUCGAAGACAUAUAUGAAAAUGACACUGAAGGUCCUGGAUAUGGGCUUUUAAACACAACCAGAAAAUAUGUGAAGCCCAUGAAUUUUCAAGAAGAAGUGCGUGCCCACAGAGACCUGGAUAGCUUCCUUUCUCAGGCAAGCAUCCUUUUGGAUGAAAAAGGUUCCACUCUGGAUGAGGUUCUUAGGCGAAUGAUUGCUCACAUGGUGGAGGACGGCCAUGGCAGCUGUAACGUAGAAGAGGUGAUGAACUCUUUAUUCACAGAUGCAGGAGGGAGAGAUAUAAAUGUUCAUCUUCUGUCAGAGACAAUUCAGGGUGUGACUACUACCGCAACCGGUAUUCAUUACCAGCAAUCCUGGCUUUGUAUUCUGUCCAAUGUGAGAAACCUGCAGAGACGUCAAGUCUGCAUCACCCGUUUGGAGAGGCCCCAAAACUGGGGAGUCAACUGUUGUGAGGCUCGUUAUGUAAUCCUAAUCCUUGCUCCACCUAGAAUGAAAAGCACCAAAACAGCCGUUGAACUAGGUAGAACAUUUGCCACCAUGUUCUCCGACAUUGCCUUCAGACAAAAGCUUCUGGAGACAAAAACUCAGGAAGAGUUUAAAGAGGAGCUGAUCUCUCAGCGACACCAGCUCUCUGUAAUCAGUGAGAAGACGGCCAUAGAGGAAGUAGAUGAGUCGGACCCACGGAAAGGAAAAGCUCUCCAGUGCAAAGAUUUCUUCAAAGCUGGUAAAGGGGUUUACGAUGACCUCCGCCGGAGACUGCCUCUUUAUCCUUCAGACUUCACAGACGGUCUAACAGGAAAAGAUCGCUGUUUACUGAAGUAUACGACCACUGCUAUUUUCCUCUACAUUGCAAUUCUCCUCCCUGCAAUUGCCUUUGGCUCUCUGAAUGAUGAAAGCACAAGAGGGGAAAUUGAUGUCCAGAAGACCAUUGUUGGCCAGAGCAUUGGAGGAGUGAUAUACUCUCUGUUUGCUGGUUCACCUCUGGUCAUUCCUCUGACCACUGCACCUUUGGCCAUUUUCAUCAGUGUUAUCAGAGGUAUCUGUGAUGACUACAACCUCGACUUUGAUGCUUUCUAUGCUUGCAUCGGUUUAUGGAACAGCUUCUUCCUUAUCCUCGGGGGCUUAUUCAAUGUCAGCUUAAUGAUGAAACUCUUCAAACGUUCAACUGAAGAGGUCAUUGCAUUGUUCAUCUCCAUAGCUUUUGUUGGGGACGCAGUGAAAGGCACUGUCAAAAUUUUUGAACACUACUUCCAUGGGCCAACACUGGCAACCACAAACAGCACAGUGGUGAGUCAGCAGUUUGAUGAAAUUCUGAAAGACAUUGAGAACAUAACAGCAACUGCGCCAAAGCAUGGAACUGGGAGGAACAUGUCACUUUUUGGACAUCAAGAAGAGGAAGUUUUAUACUAUCUGCCAGAGACCCUGGUGCAUUGCACAAGAGAAAGGCCCAUUCUUUGUCUGCUGCUCAUGUUGGGGACUCUGUGGCUGGGUUACACACUCUACCUCAUCAAGAAGAGCCCAUUUCUGAAUUGCAAAAUCAGAGAAGUGGUGUCUGACUGUGCUUUGCCUAUCUCCGUGCUGAUAUUCUCCUUCAUUGGCUCCUAUCUUUUCAUUGACAUACAGCUUCCUGUAUUCAGCGUCCAUGAUGGUCCAAUCUUCAAGUACCCUGCAUUUGAACACCUGUCAGGAAUGGCAGCACUUAGUGCUGUUGGACUAGGUUUCCUGCUUGCACUGCUAAUCUUUAUAGACCAGAACAUUGUCAUCUCUCUUACACAUGUACCGGAACACAAGUUGUUAAAAGGCACAGCGUUCCACUGGGACUUAAUGCUGACUGGCUUCAUCAACAUCCUCAUGUCCUGUCUGGGGUUGCCAUGGAUGCACGCUGCCUUUCCUCAUUCUUCCCUACAUGCCCGUCAGCUUGCCAAAGUGGAACAGCAUGUAGAGAAUGGACACGUCUACACAACGAUCGUCAGUGUCAAAGAGACACGUCUCACCUCACUAGCAGCAAAUAUCCUGAUCGGCCUAUCUGCAUUCAUGCUACCCAUUCCUCUCCAGUGGAUUCCCAAGCCUGUCCUCUAUGGUCUUUUCCUUUACAUUGCAGCCACUUCACUUGAUGGAAAUCAGAUGGUGGACCGAAUGACCUUGCUGCUGAAAGAGCAGACAUCUUAUCCUCCGACUCACUACAUACGACGUGUGCCUCAGAGAAAAGUACACUUCUUCACAGCCCUGCAGAUGGUUCAGCUGAUCAUCUUGUGUGCUUUUGGGAUGUAUCCUCUCCCCUACAUGAAGAUGGUGUUUCCUCUACUGAUGAUCUUACUGGUCCCUGUCAGGACCAGCUUGCUUCCCAGAGUGAUUGAUGCCAAGUAUCUCGACAUCAUGGAUUCCCAGUACAUGUAAAAAGACUGGAUAAGCUAGUGAAAGGGAAGAGACUAAAAAUGUACCUAUUUGUAACCAAAACACGUCCAUGUGAUUUCAUCUGAAACAUUUGGUGGUGAUAGGGUUUGCACUUCUAAUUUUCAUAUGGUUUUCCUUAGAAUCCACUAUAACUGUAACUGGCUUCAAUCUUAAACAUCUCUGCAAUAUGAUUGAACUCUUAGAGCUAGAAAGAAAACAACAUAUAUACAAUACCAACAGAUAAAUCUACAUGGAAAUCUACAUGAAGCAAAAUAUGUGUUUAUCAUUUCUUUGAUGAAUAAAAUGCUGAUUAUUUGUUUAUAUGGAGAGACACCUCUGUUUGAAAUCCCUUGCUGAUGAGGUUUAAGAAUUAUCAAUUCUCCAAAGCAAAUAUUUAUUGUACUUUUUAGCUGUGAAACCAUUCAUUCUGGUGUGUCACCUAAUUUAUUGUCUUAUCUACUUGUCAUCUCCUACACAUGGGAACUGUGUUGUCCUUGCUGUGUUGUAUUCCAAAGCUGCUUUACUUUAACAUAUUGUGGUCAAAUAAAAUAUAUUUCAAUGGAAAGUGUUUAACAAAACUGAUUUAUAGUUUUCCUACAGAAAACAAUUUGCCAAAAACUCAAUUUGAGUCUGAGACCGCUCACAGAACUAUCCCACAUGCCAUCAAUAGAUGGCAGUGGAGCUUUACACCUCUGCUAAGAUUCAGUCCUAAUCUGUGUACUCUCUAUUUUAUCCCAAAGAAAUAAAAUGAUAGAUCACGUCAGCCAUCAUCUUGUAAAAGAAAUGGUGAUAAUGAAGUCCUGACCACACAGUUAUUGAGCAUGAAUGGUUUCAAAGGUCACCAGGUUUAUAUGAUCAGACAUCUAAUUUGUUUCAUAUGUUUGUUUUCCUGCAGCGUCACUUUUUUAAUCCAACACCUGCUUUACUUGUUUAUUUUAAUCAAAACUUUCAUUAAUACUUCAAUAUUCUCCUAAUAUCAACUCUUUUCUGCUUCAGCAGUCUCUACUCAGCACUUAGCAUAUAUAUAAAUACUUACAGGAGAAAAUUCUCACUGCUGGAAACUUACUUUUGACUCAAAGCACCUUGAAAACUGAACAAUAAUAAAACUGUAAAAUAAUAAA